GAGAAAAGCGAAGAAAAACAGACGGAGCCCGGGAGACCAGAAAGCAAGGGAGGAAGAAAGAGGCAGAAAGGGCGUGUUUAGGCGCUACGUCUCCCCUCCCCUUUCUCAGGUCCCAGCUCCGGCUCUGCGCGCUCGCUCUCCGGCUACAGCUCCCCGCGGGCGAAGCUGGGCGUCGGGUGCGAUAGCCCGGGCCGCCCCUCGGGCCGCCGCCCCGCGCCUGGCCGCGCUCCCCACCGCGCAGCCCGGAGCCCCCGCGGGGCGCCUUCCCGUCCCCUCCCCCUCCGCCUCGCGCCCUCCCCGGGGCUGCGACACCCCCGCGGCCCCGCCGCGCGGAGCUCCAGGCCAUGGGCUCGGGGCGCGUCCCCGGGUUCUGCCUGCUCGUCCUGCUGGUCCACGCGCGCGCCGCCCAGCAUGGCAAAGCUGCGCAAGAUGUGGAUGAAUGUGUGGAAGGGACUGACCAUUGCCACAUUGAUGCCAUCUGCCAGAACACGCCACGGUCGUACAAGUGCAUCUGCAAGUCUGGCUACACUGGGGACGGUAAACACUGCAAAGACGUGGAUGAGUGUGAACGGGAGGACAGUGCAGGCUGUGUACACGACUGUGUCAACAUCCCUGGCAAUUACCGAUGCACCUGCUAUGAUGGGUUCCACCUGGCGCAUGACGGGCACAACUGCCUGGAUGUCGAUGAGUGUGCUGAAGGAAAUGGUGGCUGUCAGCAGAGCUGUGUCAACAUGAUGGGCAGCUAUGAAUGCCACUGCCGAGAAGGCUUCUUCCUCAGCGACAACCAGCACACCUGUAUCCAGCGGCCGGAAGAAGGAAUGAACUGCAUGAACAAGAACCAUGGUUGUGCCCACAUUUGCCGGGAGACUCCCAAGGGGGGCAUUGCCUGUGAAUGCCGUCCUGGCUUCGAGCUCACCAAGAACCAACGAGACUGUAAACUGACCUGCAACUACGGUAACGGUGGCUGCCAGCACACGUGCGAUGACACAGAGCAGGGUCCGCGGUGCGGCUGCCACGUCAAGUUUGUGCUCCAUACUGACGGGAAGACGUGCAUCGGGGAGAGGCGGCUAGAGCAGCACAUGCCCACUCAGGCCGUCUCUAAUGAGACCUGUGCCGUCAACAACGGAGGCUGCGACAGUAAGUGCCACGACGCAGCGACCGGGGUCCACUGCAGCUGCCCCGUGGGCUUCAUGCUGCAGCCAGACAGGAAGACCUGCAAAGACAUAGAUGAGUGCCGCUUAAGCAAUGGGGGCUGCGACCACAUCUGCCGCAACACGGUGGGCAGCUUUGAAUGCAGCUGCAGGAAGGGCUACAAACUUCUCAUCAAUGAAAGGAGCUGCCAGGACAUAGAUGAGUGCUCCUUUGAUCGAACCUGUGACCACAUGUGUGUCAACACACCAGGAAGUUUCCAGUGUCUCUGUCAUCGUGGCUACCUGCUGUAUGGUGUCACUCAUUGUGGGGAUGUGGACGAAUGCAGCAUCAACAAGGGAGGCUGCCGCUUUGGCUGCAUCAACACCCCUGGCAGCUAUCAGUGUACCUGCCCAGCGGGCCAGGGCCGCCUUCACUGGAACGGAAAGGAUUGCACAGAGCCAGUGAAGUGUCAGAGCAGUCCUGGGGCCUCAAAAGCAAUGCUUAGCUGCAAUCGGUCUGGCAAGAAGGACACCUGUGCCCUGACCUGCCCCUCCAGGGCCCGGUUUUUGCCAGAGUCCGAGAAUGGGUUCACCGUGAGCUGUGGUACCCCCAGCCCCAAAGCUGCUCCAGCCCGAGUCACCCACCCUGGAAACAGCACCACCUCCAGCUACUGCCAUGAGGCUGCAGCGCUGUCAGUUAAGCAGCGGGCCUCCUUCAAGAUCAAGGACGCCAAAUGCCGUUUGCAUCUGCGGAACAAAGGCAGAGUGGAGGAAGCCAGCAGAGCCCCAGGGCCAGGUUCCCCUUGCUCCGAUUGCCAAGUCACCUUCAUCCACCUUAAGUGUGACUCUUCUCGCAAGGGCAAGGGCCGACGGGCACGGACCCCUGGCAAGGAGGUUACCCGGCUCACCCUGGAAUUGGAGGCUGAGGUCAGAGCGGAAGAAACAACAGCUGGCUGCGGGCUGCCUUGCCUCCGACAGAGGAUGGAGCGAAGACUGAAAGGGUCCCUGAAGAUGCUCAGGAAGUCCAUCAACCAGGACCGGUUCCUGCUGCGGCUGGCAGGCCUGGACUAUGAGCUGGCCCACAAGCCAGGCCAGGUAGCUGGGGACCGAGCAGAGCCGGUGGAGGUCUGCAGGCCCGGGCAGCACCGGGCAGGCACCAAGUGUGUCAGCUGCCCGCAGGGAACGUAUUACCACGGCCAGACGGAGCAGUGUGUGCCAUGCCCAGCGGGCACCUUCCAGGAGAGGGAAGGGCAGCUCUCCUGCGACCUCUGCCCUGGGAGUGAUGCCCAUGGGCCUCUUGGAGCCACCAACGUCACUACGUGUGCAGGUCAGUGCCCACCUGGCCAACAUUCAGUAGACGGGUUCAAGCCCUGCCAGCCAUGCCCACGGGGCACCUAUCAGCCCGAAGCAGGACGAACCUUGUGCUUCCCCUGUGGUGGAGGCCUCACAACCAAGCUUGAGGGGGCAAUUUCCUUCCAGGACUGUGACACCAAAGUCCAGUGCUCCCCGGGCCACUACUACAACACCAGCACCCACCGCUGUAUCCGCUGUGCCAUGGGCUCCUACCAGCCACACUUCCGGCAGAACUUCUGCACCCGCUGCCCGGGAAACACAAGCACCGACUUUGACGGCUCUACCAGUGUGGCCCAGUGCAAGAAUCGGCAGUGUGGUGGGGAGCUGGGUGAAUUCACUGGCUACAUCGAGUCUCCCAACUACCCGGGCAACUACCCAGCGGGCGUGGAGUGUAUCUGGAACAUCAACCCCCCACCCAAGCGCAAGAUCCUUAUUGUGGUCCCUGAGAUCUUCCUGCCAUCCGAGGACGAGUGUGGGGACGUUCUCGUCAUGAGAAAGAACUCCUCGCCAUCCUCCAUCACCACUUAUGAGACCUGCCAGACCUACGAGCGUCCCAUUGCCUUCACGGCCCGCUCCAGGAAACUCUGGAUCAACUUCAAGACUAGUGAAGCCAACAGUGCUCGAGGCUUCCAGAUUCCCUACGUGACCUAUGAUGAGGACUAUGAGCAGCUGGUGGAAGACAUUGUACGGGAUGGCCGGCUCUAUGCCUCCGAAAACCACCAGGAGAUCCUAAAGGACAAGAAGCUUAUCAAGGCCUUCUUUGAGGUCCUGGCCCACCCUCAAAACUACUUCAAGUACACAGAGAAACACAAGGAGAUGCUACCAAAAUCCUUCAUCAAGCUGCUCCGCUCCAAAGUCUCCAGCUUCUUGAGGCCUUACAAAUAGUGCCCAUGGGCCCAGAGAUGCAGAUUCCAGAGCGCCGACCCCCCUGGCCCUCAGAGCUGGCACCCCAACCUCAGACAAGAACCUGUCCUCUCCUUUUGGAGGAGAACUAUCACUACACCAAGCACUCUCCCCUCCUGUCUUCCUGGUUACCUUGUCUUCUCUCUUUCUCUCUCUCUACUUCUUUCUUACAUGUUCCCUGGAAAAGCCAUUCAGUGCUGUCCCUGUUCCCCCAGAGGGGAAGAAAUAGAGCCCAUCUCACCAGCUCACAUCCCCGGCCCCCAUCCAUCUUUGGAAGGGUGUUGGAGGCCCAGAAUAGGAUCGGGUCUGCUAGGAAGUGGGGGUGGGGAAGAAAGGCUUCUGCCAUUCUAGGGUUGUGCCUUGCUAGCCAGGGGCCAGAAUAUCCCCACUGUGCUGCCCAGAGUGACUCUUUUACAGCCCAGAGUCCUGCCAAAGAAGCCUUUGACAUAGCAGCUUUAUGCCAACACGGGCUGCCGGGCACACAGUUUGAGCCCUGGGGUGCCCACACAGUUGGCGUUCUUACCUGACAGCUCUUCUCAUCUGCCUGCCUGCCUGGGGCUGACUCCAUAGGGUUUACAAGUGCUCCACACCACUAGGGGGCGGGGGAACCCUGGCUGGGGAGGGAGAGCAACAGGCAUUAUCCUGUGUGCCAGAGCCCCACUGGGGCUCCCAGUGACGAUGCUCCCAGAAAGCCGGGUUUGUUUUUUUUUUUUAACCAUUGCCCAAAACAGAAAGAAAAGAAAAUUAUGUCCUAAAGGACCGGCCUGCAGAGCGAGUGGAGCCAGCCUCGGACCCUAACCUUUUCCCUGCCAGUCCUCCCUGGCCCAGCCAUGCCCUCACCCCACCCAAGUGCUCCGUGGGGGAGACUUUCUCCCCUUGCUAAGUGCAUUCCUUAAAGAAACCUGCCAUUGACCAUCACCAGCCUAGACCUUGCUCCAGUUUUUCCCUUGCAGCCCUAGGUGGCUUGUGGGCUUCACCAAAGAGGACCCCACUCUGCAGCCAGCCUGGAGCUGCCUACCUCUGGCCUCGGGCUGUGGGCAGCAAGAAUGUGUGUGCCCUUGGCAGGCUGCCCGCCUAUCCUGUCCACAUCUGAGAAGUGCAAUCAUUUCUAGUCUUUCUGUGUCGUCUAGAGGGAGGGGGUUUGGUUUUUCUUUUUCCUCUCGGCAGAACCCUAUUUAUAGCUGCCCAGGAGAGCAGAGCACAUUGGGAGUGGUGGGAUAUCAGUUUGACUCUCAUAAGCCUUGAGCGCUGGAGCAUCUCAUGGAUCUCUGUCCUACCUGAGGCCACCUAGAACUUCAGGGUCCUCCGCUGUGCGGAGCCAGGGCAAUCCCUCGGAGGUGCCGAAAGUGUAGGAGGGCGAUUCUGGUAACUUGAUGAAGCAGGAAGGAGGGGCUGUUGACUAAGGUGCCCUUGCCAUCUCUGUGCCUAUGGAUUCAUGGUUCUGAUGCAGAUGGACUGGCCGGCAAUCCACUGCGAGCAGGGGACAUCUACCCUGUCACUGCCUUCUGUUUCCCUGGCAUGCCAGGGAAGAGGAUCAGGACAAACUCUAAGGAUGGCCAGCUCAGGCUCCCAAGGCCAGAGAAGGCUGGGGCAGCCUCGGAUAGGACGGUCAUCCACGCAUGCAGCUGGUGACGGGACAAGAAGCAGGCAUGUGCCUGACACUGGCCACCUGCCUCCUGAGAGUUGACUUCCAGCCUGUUUCAACUACUGGUUUUCAAAAGGAAGAAGAACCAAGUCCAGGCCCUGCAUGUGCUCCACCCUUAACCCAACUGCUGCCUGGAAAAUCUCCGAUUUGCUCCUUCUAGUUCCCUCAAGGCUGUGGUCCUGGACAGUCACCAGCCACCAACUGACUCCUCAGGUCCAGCUCUAGGUGACCGCCAAGAGAGUCAACACUGAAUGGUCUGAUCCACACACAUACCAGCCAAACAGCCAAGGCGAUCAAAGCUGCUUUCCUGGCCAUCUGUUAGACACCACCAUGGGGUGGAGUGGGUGGGGGUCUGUCUGUCUGUCUGUCCGGGUCAGAGAGCUGUUGUGGAGCUGUUACAUGGCUUCCUACCAGGGUGAAGGGGCAUUGUGGGAAUGUCUCUACUUCUCCAGAAGUGCCACAGAACAGCCCCAAUCAACUUGGACCAUCCUACCAGAAGCAAGGCUAACUUUGCGAGUCCUCUCUCCCUGCCAUUUUGCCCAGCUCCUGGAAAGCCACAUAGUGAGUGCCUCCCAGUGUCUGCCAUUAGGGCACAGUUCCUCCGUGCUCCCUUUCCUGUCGUCCCCCACACACGAACACUUCCUCUAGUCACGCAUUGUUUGGCUGCUGGGACUGCACAUGACUUCAUGGUACAGAGAGAACAGGCCACCAGGCCUAGGCAAUAUCAAGACGGCUAGAGGAGAGCAAGCCGCUGCUGAACUUGGAGGAAACUGGCCCUGGGGCACCUGCCUAUGGGGGCUCAGAGGAUGGAAGAAGAUAACAACUCAGGGACUUUCUAGGAGGAAGUGGGAGAAAUGCGAAGAUGGUGUGAACAGGAACCCUUCAUCAGCUGACCCCGAAGAGGCCACAGGACCACGGCACCUCAUUCAUCUUAGCACAACCCUGCCCUUACUGGAGUUCCAGCGUGGGAAGUCAUUUCCAUGAGGCUCCUAGAACCAAGGGACACAUCUCAAGAAGGUACUAGGAUCCUCGGCAGCACAGUGAUGCUUCUGUAGCCCUCUGCCUCUGUUUGUAUUGUCAGGCCAGCCAACGCCUAAACCUGAGGUCACUCUCAGAAUUAGGAGAAAACCGACCAGAGCCUGGACUUGGGCUGCUCACCCUAAGCCUGUAGGAAUCCUCAGAGGAUAGCCACUGAGUUAUCAGUGCUCCUGUGUCCCCGAAUGUGGAGGCUGAGAAGACUCGGAUGUGUUGCUCCAAGUUCAGGUGGACAGGCUGGGCUUUGGCUCUUACGAUUCUUUGUGAGUCUGCGAAGUGUUCUCCACAUGCAUGUUUGAGGUGACUCUUGAAUGGACUAGGAAGUCAGUGAGCAUCUCACAAUCUCAAUAUGCCAGAAAAGCUUAGGGAGCACUCAAGGAUUUGCAUUUGCUGCUCUGCUUCAAAAUGACCGUCUCAAAGCAGGGGAAGGGAGGCAAAGUGUAACUGCCCCCAGCAGAAAAGGUUAACCUGCCUGGCUUCUUUCCCAAGUCCAGGAAAAGUGGAAGUAAACACCACCAAGGAAACCUUCACACUGGACCCGUCUCAAAGGUAGAACAGCCAUUAUUUGGACUAGGAAUCCUUGAAGAAUUAGAGGGAACAGAAGCCCUGGUGCCGCUGGCAGCUCACCAGCACAAAACAAAUGGUAGUAGUUUGGACACGCUAAACAUUUUGUUCUGUGUAAGCUGAAGUUUCAGAGGAUAAUUAUCAUGUGGAAGGCUUUUUUUUUUUAGUGCAGAAGAAAAUCUCAAAAUACUGUCUUUAUACCUGCCUUCCACUAUACCGAUACAGUGAGCAUCUCACAAUCAACAAUAAAUAGCAAGCAGUGUGGUUCAUAGAGUAUUUUGCACUUGGGGAAAAUAUGUAUCUGAACCUGUAAAACGGAAUGUUUGGAUUUUGUAUUGUCUUUUUUAUAUUAUUAAAAUACUAAGUGGAACUCCUCA